GGGUGCUUUAUAUGCGCUACACUCAAUUAUGAUUGCAUGUCUACUUACAUUAAAUAUAUAAUUAUUAAUAUACGUCUGCUGUAUGAUAGCUAGCAAAUUAAUUAGCUAACUAAUGUUGGCCUGCCUAGCUGGAACUUAUUUCUACAAUUUCCAAAAACUGACCAAACAAAAACAAAUGACUUUUACGAUACGUGUUUGUGCAUUAGUAGCACAAUUUGUAACUUAUUUACAUUCGUCUUUACUUCCACUUGUACGUUGACUUUGAGGUUUUAAAGUUUUUGGGUGCGUUUCAUGUCCCGAAAUUAACAUAAUUGUACACUCGCAAACGCCAUUAAAAACUAGGGCUGAGGGGCUUACGUUGCACACUUCCCUUGAUCAGCUAAUCAUUUGGACCGACGAUUAAAAUAUUGCCGCUGGGAUUCCCCAAAGCAUUAAGGCGGAGGGUAAGUGGACAAGGGUGUGUCUUUGAUGAGUUUGAAACAGCCAAGAGAGCAAGCGCACAUUUUUUCAAGAAAUGUACAUUUCUAUUUGGAAAUGUGCGUAAGGAAAGCGAGAGUACUGUACUUGUGUUCUGGCCACUUUGUAGCCUACAGUACCUGACAUUCCGAAGGACUUCAAGUUGUUGAUCAACUAAAAUGACUUGUGGUUGUCAUCGUGAAGAAUACCGGAUCGUUGAAAAACAUUGAUAUUCCUGUAGCCUACUUUGUUACCCCUCUAAACGUAUAGACAGGCCUAUGUGGAUGUGAGAUAUCUGACGCACAUUUAAAACAUCGAGCGCACAAGUUACCUAAUGGAGAUGGAUUUCCAAAGGCUGCUGUUGCAGGUGGAACAAGCCCUGAGCAGUGAAGAAGUACAAGCACUUGCAUUUCUUUGCAAAGAUCUGCUUGAGAAAGACUGUAGCUCAGUGCCCACAGCAAGUCAACUCUUCUCUCUUCUGACGGACCAAGAACUGUACCCCGAUCAGCCUUACUUGCUUGCCGAUUUAUUAUGUACCAUCCAGCGCCACAGCUUGAUGCGAGAGCUUGGCCUCAACAACCAGCUUCCAACAACCAGUAGCCUCAUCUCUCCUUAUAGAAAACUGCUGUUUGACCUAUCAGAGAACACCACUGAAGACGAGUUGAGAGAGAUUAAGUUCCUAUUGGUUAACAUACUCCCUCGUAGGAAACUGGAGGGCAACGUGACUACCUUGCAAGUAUUCCUGGAAAUGGAGAAAAUUGAUAUUUUGAGCGUCAUAAAACUAAACAUUGUUGAAAGUAUGUUUGGAAGUGUCUGCCCCAUGUUGAAAACAAGAAUCAACCAGUUUAAAACAAAGCAGGGCAAGGCCAGUAAACCAAAAAACAGGGUGGGAUUGUUAAGACCAAGGUCUUCUUCUGCAUGUCUUCCAGAAAACCAGGCUGUCUCCAUGCUUCCAAGGAGACCUGUGUCAUGUGGACUAUCAGCUUCACAGCCUUCAACUGAGGUGUCCACUCUGAAUCCAGCUGACGCCUCUCUGGAUGUUCGGAGGGUCUCAGAUACAGUGGAUGCAGUACUGAAGCAUAGGCUGGGUCUCCUAAGUACCAGUGGGGACAACGAUGCUGCUCUCAGCCAAGGGAAUCACCAUGUUUCAUCCAUACCCUCACGUGGACACAAUAAGAACUUUGACCCUGCAAAUCGUCAGACAGGAAACACCACAAAAGAGGAAGUGGGAGAAUAUGCUAUGACAGGAAGAAGAGGUUACUGUCUGAUAAUUAACAACUACAACUUCAGAAAUUCUCCAAAACCCCUAAACAAUAGAGAGGGAACACAGGUUGAUGAAAGCAGUUUGGUGAGUGUGUUUGAGUGGCUGGGCUUUGAGACGCAGAUUGAGCCAGACUGCAGCCGGGAGCAGUUACUGUCUCGAGUUGAGGAGCUCCGCAGCCGUGACCACAGCCAGAUGGACUGCCUGGUGUGCUGCGUUCUGAGCCACGGGCUGGAGGCAGGUGUUUAUGGGGUGGACGGGCUGAAGGUCAGAGUCAGGGAGCUCACAGAGCCCUUCUCUGGACUGGAGUGCAGCUCACUGAGGGGGAAGCCCAAGCUGUUCUUUAUCCAGGCCUGUCAGGGCAUCAAGGAACAACAGCCAGUGUUCAUUCAGUCCGAUUGCCCAGGCGCUGAUGGCUCUACUAUCACCAGCUCUAUCUGCACUGAUGCAGUGGUACCCAGAGACUCCAUUCUCUCUGAUGCCGACUUCCUUCUGGGCAUGGCCACUGUCCCUCACUUUGCCUCUUUCAGAGAUAAGGGCACUUGGUUCAUCCAGUCAUUGUGCCAGAACCUCAUCAACAUGGUUCCCAGUGGGUAUGACUUGCUGUCCAUCCUGACCAAGGUAAACGAUGAUGUCAGCAGUAAGAGUGAUAACCAUGGCACCAGGAAGCAGAUGCCCCAGCCUGCAUACUCACUCAGGAAGAGGCUGGUCUUUCCCAUCCCAAAAGACCCUCCUUCCAGACUACAUGAGCCAGAAAUAUUUGCUUGAGAGCAUUAGAGCAGAGGGGUUUAAGUCUGGUCCUUAUACUUUCCCAUCCCAAAAGACCCUCCUCCCAGACUACAUGAGCCAGAAAUAUUGGCUUGAGAGCACUAGAGAAGAGGGGUUUAAAUAUGGUCCUUAUACUUUCCCAUCCCAAAAGACCCCUCACCCCAGACUACACCUCCUAGACUACAUGAGCCAGAAAUAUUGGCUUGAGAGCACUAGAGCAGAGGGGUUUAAAUCUGGUCCUUAUACUUUCCCACCAAAUCAGGGACGGAUUCAGACACUGUAUGUGUAGACUCACCAACAAUAUAUACACCCUCUGGGAUCACUCUGGUAGAAGGUGCAGGUUUACAGUUUAUUUUUUAUACCUCGGUCUGUUUUAUUUACACUACCAGUCAAAAGUUUGGACACACCAAGUCAUUCCAGGGUUUUCUUUAUUUUUACUGUUUUCUACAUUGUAGAAUAAUAGACAUCGAAACUGUUAAAAUAACAUAUAUGGAAUCAUGUAGUAACCCAAAAAAGUGUUAAACAAAUCAAAAUAUAUUUGAGAUUCUUCAAAGUAGCCACCCUUUUCCUUGAUGACAGCUUUGCACACAUGAGUAGGUGUGUCAACUUUUGACAGGUACUGUAUAAAAAAAUGAAAUUCAGUAGAAAUAUAUCCAAAAAACUGUAAAUAGAAAAUUGUAGGAAAUGUUUUUAAUGCUUCAAUAUGAAACCUUUUGGCCAAAGUCACAUGGAAUUUGAGUUAUAGAUCUGUCAUUCUCAUUGAAAGCAAGUCUAUGAAGCAGUAGAUCGGUUCUAUGUGGACUAUUUCUCUACUUAAUUUUUUUUUGUUUACAUCUGUUUUGUACACCAGUUUCAUACACCUGAAAAUACAAUAUUAUUGGUUAUGGAAAAUAUAUUUCACAGCAGUUUAAAUGGUACAAUGAUGCUCUACACUAUACUUGCUUGUUUUGUCACACUGAAAUUAGGCGAACUAUUAGAAUUUUAGCAACCAGGAAAUGGCAGAGUGAUUUCUGCAUAUUGCAAUAGUAUUUUUAAAUGGUGUAAAGGAGAAGCAAUAACAAGAACUGAAAAGCACUUAUUAUAAAUCAAUGAAGGCAAUUUUCAUUCAGUGUUGAUACGUUUGUUGCUGUUACAGCACAUCAGUCAGUGUACUCCUUGGCACAACAUGGCAUGUCAUACAACACAUUUAAGACAAAUUCUUUGACAUAUCAAGAAUAAAACAAAGUGACGUUCAAA